AUGGUUCAUUUCAAGAAGUACGCAGUUCGACAAAAUUGCGAUACAUUUGUUUGUGGAAGAAAGAUUGAGAAUAUGAAAAAUAAUGUCUUAGUUAAGCGAAAAGGAACCAUUAAAACCAUUGAGGGUGAGGAUGGUGAUAUAAUUGAUUGUGUUGAUAUUUAUCAACAACCUGCUUUUGAUCAUCCACUUCUGAAAAAUCACACCAUACAGAUGAAACCCAGCUCAAUCCCUGGUGGUGUGAAAAUGAAUUCCUCUCAAGCAGAGCUGAUUCAAGAUUGGCAUAAAAAUGGACAAUGCCCAAAAGGAACAAUCCCCAUAAGACGAGAACAACAAGAUGAACACCCUCAUGGUCGUGGUGUCAAAUGGAUACCACGUAGAACACAGCUUAAUCAAAGCAUUAAUAAUGACAAUCAUAAUGAGUUUGCCACUGUUGAUAUUGAGGGUGGUACAUUCUAUGGAGGACGUGCAAUAUUAAACGUAUGGAACCCUGUCGUUUACAGUAAUGGAGACUUUAGUCUUGCUCAAAUAUGGGUUACAGCUGGCCCUGAUAAAGAAGUAAACACUGUUGAAGCUGGAUGGAAGGUAGAUUAUCCUGACAGAAAAACAAGGUUGUUCAUAUUUUGGACUGGAGAUGGCUACAAAAGUAAGGGUUGCUACAAUCUUGAAUGUCCAGGUUUCGUGCAAAUAAACCACAAAUUUGCUCUUGGUUCUCCCAUAAAACCUGUUUCUAGAUACUCUGCGCAGCAAUUCGAAAUAGGGAUAACCAUAUACAAGAGGAAAAGGAAUUGGUGGUUACAUGUGCAAGAUCAGAUACUUGGAUAUUGGCCUGGCUCCAUCUUCCAUUAUUUAGCGAGUACUGCAACCAGAAUUGUUUGGGGUGGAGAGGUUUACAACACGAAUCCGAAUGGUCAUCACACAAGGACUCAAAUGGGGAGUGGCCAUUUCGGAAAUGAAGGCUAUGGAAAAGCAAGUUAUUUUCGAAAUAUUGAAUAUAUGGAUAACUACAGUGGCAAGUUCAUAUACGUGCAGGUUCGAAGUCUGCAUGCAUAUGCAACAAGACCAUUUUGCUAUAAUGUAGAAGUAGCAAAUAAUACAGUUGGAGGCUUUGGAACCCAUUUCUAUUUCGGGGGUCCUGGCUAUUCAACACUAUGUGCAGUAUAG